UUUGGUAUGAUGUAAAAUAUUUUUCAUAAAAUAUUUUUUUAGAAAGUAAGUUGGUUUUCUACUUAUUUUCUUAUGUCUGGUUAACGAGUGAAAAAUAUUUUUCAAAAAAUAUUUUAUAGUGUUUGAUUGGUGAGUGAAAAAAUAUUUUUUAGAAGAUACGUUAACUGUUAACUAGUAUGUCGGUGCAUUUAGCAAUUCAACAAUUUGUAAGAACUAAUUUAAGCAUAACAAAUAAUAUCAAUAUUAAAUACUAAAAUAUUACAAUAACUAAAUUUAAUCAACUACUAAUUAGCAAAUAUAGGAGACAUUUUUCAACAUUUUGUGAGGACAAUCUCAAGAUACUACAAUCAAUAGAAAUACAACGGAACGAUAAGCUUAUUCAACCUUGUGAAACAAGUUACAUUGAUGACAAAAUGAAACAUGCAAUUAGCAAAAGUAACAUAGAUAAGUCUUCCUCUAUGCAUAUGAAAAUAACAAUACGAAUAUUGGAAAAGAAAAAAAUUCGGACUUCACUUUCAAGCAAUGAAAAAUUGAAGUAAAAUACAAUGAUAAUUAUUUUCGAGUAAGGUGAACUUUUUGAGAAAUGUGAAUAUGAAUGUUGUUGGGGUGAGGGCAUAAGUCAUAUUUAUCAUUUUUUAAAAAAUGACUUCUCUUAAUCCAUGAGGUAAGUCAUUUUUCCUCAAAUCCCUUAAAUAAAGAAAAAUAAGUUAUUAUAAAAAAUAUUUUUUCAAUAUUUAACUAUAACCAAACAAUAGAGAAUAAGAAAAUAUUUUUCAUCAUACUAAACACACCGUAAAUGUUAAAAUUUGAAAAAGAGCAAUAUUUUGCUUGAAAUAAUGCCCUCUAUAGAAACUAAUUCAAUUCAGAAAAAGUUGAGGGUGCCCAUUUAUCUCAAUCAAGACCCUCAACCAUCUUAAAGAUUGGACAAUGAAGUUUCUAGACUCUACUAACUGACAAAAAUGCCAAGAAUCUGAAUUGAUAAGGCUUCUGUGGAGGAAAACAAAUUGUAGUACUAGCUAGACCAAACUUGUGUUAUGCAAUGUUGACACGUGGAAGAUUAACCUCCAUACAAACUCCCCUAAUAAACAAAUUUAAACCCUCACUAUCCAGUGAAGUGAGAUCUUGUAGCACAAGAACCCCAGAAAAGAAUCUUGAAACUCUGGUAAGAAUGGCUAGUAUCUCCGGCAUUGUGAUGAGUACCUCCUUCAUGCCAAGAAAACCAGCUGUGACGAGCCUUAAGCCCAUCCCAAACGUUGGGGAAGCACUGUUUGGGCUUAAAUCAGCAAAUGGUGGCAAAAUGAUCACUUGCAUGGCUACAUACAAAGUGAAACUUGUUACACCUUCAGGAACAGUACAAUUUGAUUGCCCAGAUGAUGUGUACAUUCUUGAUCAAGCUGAGGAAGCAGGACACGAUCUUCCUUAUUCAUGCAGGGCAGGUGCUUGCUCAUCUUGUGCUGGUAAAAUUGUUAGUGGAAAAAUUGAUCAAUCUGAUAACAGCUUUCUUGAUGAUGACCAAAUGGAUGCUGGAUAUGUGCUAACUUGUGUUGCUUUUCCACAGUCUGAUGUUACUCUUGAGACUCACAAAGAGGACGAUCUGGCGGGCUAAACUAAAUCUACAUCGUCUCAUUUUGUUCUAUUAUUAUUAAUAUCUUUGCAAUAUUUUUGUUGUAGUUUAGAGUUUAGUGUUCAAUAAAGUUUAGAGUGAGAUCUUGUUUUCCA